GUCUUCUCUCCUUUCCAGAGUCCUCCCUCCAUGGAGUUCGGCCUGCUCAGCGAGGCGGAGGCCCGGAGCCCGGCCCUCUCGCUGUCAGAUGCGGGCACUCCCCACCCGCCACUCCCAGAACACGGCUGCAAGGGCCAAGAGCACAGCGACUCUGAGAAGGCCUCGGCUUCGCUGCCCGGAGGCUCCCCGGAAGACGGCUCCUUGAAGAAGAAGCAGCGGCGGCAGCGCACCCACUUCACCAGCCAGCAGCUACAGGAACUGGAGGCGACCUUCCAGAGGAACCGCUACCCCGACAUGAGUACGCGCGAAGAGAUCGCCGUGUGGACCAACCUCACCGAGGCCCGCGUGCGGGUGUGGUUCAAGAACCGGCGCGCCAAGUGGCGGAAGCGCGAGCGCAGCCAGCAGGCGGAGCUAUGCAAGGGCGGCUUCGCCGCGCCGCUCGGGGGGCUGGUGCCGCCCUACGAGGAGGUGUACCCCGGCUACUCGUACGGCAAUUGGCCACCAAAGGCUCUCGGCCCGCCGCUCGCUGCCAAGACCUUCCCGUUCGCCUUCAACUCGGUCAAUGUGGGGCCUCUGGCAUCGCAGCCCGUCUUCUCGCCACCCAGCUCCAUCGCCGCCUCCAUGGUGCCCUCGGCCGCGGCCGCCCCGGGCACCGUGCCAGGGCCCGGGGCCCUGCAGGGCCUGGGCGGGGGGCCCCCCGGGCUGGCUCCGGCCGCAGUGUCCUCCGGGGCAGUAUCCUGCCCUUACGCCUCGGCCGCCGCAGCCGCUGCUGCAGCCGCCUCCUCCCCCUACGUAUAUCGGGACCCGUGUAACUCGAGUCUGGCCAGCCUGAGGCUCAAGGCCAAACAACACGCCUCUUUCAGCUACCCCGCCGUGCCCGGGCCGCCCCCGGCCGCCAACCUCAGUCCGUGCCAGUACGCCGUGGAACGGCCCGUAUGAAUGGCCCGGUCCGUCGACCAUCCCCGAGGGCGGGGUCGAUAAUUCACAGCCUCCCCGGACUGGGGUCGUCUAGACUGGCUUGCCCCUGCCCCGGGGUCUGAGAGGGGUGCUGGGGCAGCUGAGGGGUGGGGGGGAGGCGGCCGGCUCAGGAGAGAGACUUCCCCCACCGCCGACCCUGAGGGGUGGACUGGACCCUACACACAGUCCGCGCCCCUGGGACUAAGGCCAGGAAAAGGGACCAGUUCCCCAGGGGCCAACUGACCCUUGGCCCACCCCGCCUUCUUCAGACUCCUCUCCUCAUUUUCAAAGAUUAAUGAAAUAAACGUGCGCGGACUGCCAAAGGCCUGAUGAUUCAGAGUUGCGAUUCAGCCCCCUCCCCUCAAGCUCUCCCAUUUCUAAAGGAGAGCUGGGUGUGCAGGAAAGAAGGGCCGG